AUGAAUUUAAAUCACUUCAAUACACCUCCUUCUACUUUAAUGAAAGAUGGAACCAUUCCAACUAACCAUAGGCAAAAUUUACCCAAAAUAGUUCCAUUUAAUCAAGAAAUUUUAAUAGAAAUGUCUCGGGAAAGAUUAAAUUUAACUCAAACCAUGCAAUCAUCUGGUAGAUUAGAAGUAUCACCAAAUUCAGUUUAUGAUUUUACUUCUGACGAUCUUCAAGAUUUAGGUGAAAUAGGACGAGGAGCUUUUGGUACUGUUAACAAAAUGAUACACAGAAAAUCAAAUACAGUGAUGGCUGUAAAGAGAAUUAGAUCUACAAUUGAUGAAAGAGAGCAAAAAAUUUUGCUUAUGGAUUUAGAUGUUGUUAUGAAAUCAAAUGAUUGCCCUUUUAUUGUUAAAUUUUAUGGUGCUUUAUUCAAAGAGGGGGAUUGUUGGAUAUGUAUGCAACUUAUGGAUACUUCAUUAGAUAAAUUUUAUAAAUUUAUUUAUGAAAAACUAAAGCAAAGAAUUCCGGAAAAUAUUAUAGGAAAAAUAACCGUUGCUACUGUUAAAGCUCUUAAUUACUUAAAAGAAGAACUUCAAAUAAUUCACAGAGAUGUGAAACCUAGCAAUAUAUUAUUAGAUAAACAAGGAAAUAUCAAAUUAUGUGAUUUUGGUAUAUCUGGACAACUGGUUGAUUCAAUUGCAAGAACAAGAGACGCUGGCUGCAGACCUUACAUGGCACCUGAAAGGAUAGAUCCACAAACUGCUAAAGGUUAUGAUGUGAGAUCUGAUGUUUGGUCGUUAGGAAUUACAUUAAUGGAAGUGUCAACAGGUCAUUUUCCAUAUCCUAAAUGGAAUACAGUGUUUGAACAAUUAAAUCAAGUUGUUAAAGGUGAUCCACCCAGGUUAUCUCCCAAUGAAGAUGGAAUCACUUUUACAAUGGACUUUGUACGAUUUGUUAAUACAUGUUUAAUUAAAGAUGAGGAUCAGAGACCCAAAUAUAAUGCUCUUCUUCAACAUCCUUUUAUAAAAAAAUCAGAUGAAGAUAAAGUUGAUGUGGCUCUUUAUGUUAGUGAAAUAUUAAAUAAUAUGACCAAUAAUGGUGCUACACAAUUUACAAUGAAUGAACCUUGA